UAAGCGCUCUGUGCUGUUAUCUUCGUCACAGGUAGUGGGACUUGGGUGCCAGGCACCCUCUGGCUACACCUGGCAGAUGAAUUAUUCCGCAAGCAGCUGGGUGAAGCCUCGUGAUUGUUAGACUUGUUGUCAUGGGGGACUUCAGUCUACCAAACAGACAAGACAGCGAAAAGAGUCUAGGAGGUUCCUGGAGUGCUGCUGGGGAGAACUUCCUGACACAGCUGGUGAGGGAGCCAACUGGGGAAGGUGCCCCGCUGGACCUGUUGUUUGCAAACAGAGAAGGGCUCAUGGGUGAUGCGCUGGUUGGUGGCCAUCUGGGGCGUAGCAAUCAUGUUUUUGAGGAGGGUGGCUUGGCAUUCUCCAUAGCUGCUGAUAGCAGCCGUGCACUGAACUGUUUUCCAUCCCCAAACUACUCUUCGUCCUCCCUGAGCAUUUAAACUCCUCACCUCUAGUUACUGUCAUCCAGCUGGACGGGGUAGAAGGAAGAAGCAGCUGGGUUUUUUGGAAGGUUUUCACUAAUUUCUGCAGGUUGUAGUGGUGCUGCUGUGCUGGAACUUGGGAAGAAGUUAUUCCAUGUAUUGUAAGAAAAAGGCUUGAAGCAGUCCCCCUCUGCGGAUGCAUCAAACCCAGAAAUUACGAAGCCAUCUGAAACAAAGUCCGCACCAACCACCAAAGCAGAGUCUGGAAAAAACAUGCAGUCAACCAAGCCAACAGAGUCUCAAAAUAAAGAGCUGCCUGAAGAGAGGCAAAAGGAACCCAGUGGUGCAAAAAGCCAAACCUCGCCUUCUGUGACAGCAACCUCUAAACCAAAUCAUGCAGGAGAAUUAACUACAGCUGAAGCUCACCAGCCUCCGCAAGCAACCUCCAGAGAAACAGCAAAGGCUAAGCCUGAGAAGAUGUCCACAGCGGGCGCAGGCGCAGCGGGUGCAGGGGAUGCAGGCGCAGGGGAUGCAGGUGCAGGUGCAUCUGGUACAAGUGUGGUUACUGCAGCUGAUCAGUCAAGCACUGAGCCUGAUAUGGACGACCUGGCACUAGAUAGCCUCAUAGACACCUUAGGUGGACCUGAAGAUGAUUUGCUUACUGAUCCUGCUUACAGUUAUCUGGAUGUUAUGAAUCCCAUGACAGAUGCUGAGCUUGCAGAGGCCCUGUAUUCUGUCUUUACCUGCAGUGCUGCUCCUGCUGAAGAAAGGAGCCUGCCAGAGGAGGUAGGAGAUGGUGCGGUGCAAGCUUUCCUUGAUACUCUUGGUGGACCUGAACCUGAACUUGAAGAAUAUCUUAGCCCUGUUGUAGAGGUGUCAGAGGCAAGAGCUGAAGAAGGAGAAAAGGCUGGAGAACGUGAUGACACGGUACCUCCAGAAUACAGGCUGUUACUGGAGUUGGAUACAGAUGGAAUGCCAAUGCUGCCAGAGCCUGAAGAAAUACCUAAGCCUUUGAGUGAUUAUGAUCUUGUUGAUGAAUUUUCAAAAGACUUUGCCUGCCCUGCACAGCCUGCAGUACAAUACACACCAUCGACGCCCAGCAGCACAUCCCAAAAACCUUCAGAUCCUGUAUCUGCAAAAACUGCUGAGGCUGUAGUAGUCCCUCGUGCCACAGCUUGCACUGUGCAGUCUUCAGCUCCAUCAGCUGUGUCUUCAGUUGGUCACGUGGCAGAUGAAGUACUGGAAGUCUUGUCCGGUAGCCUAGGAAAGAGGGAACCUGAUCCAGGUGACAAGAAACCUGCUGUGGACAAAGUUCAGGGAGGAAAAGAGAUGGAUGAAGCCUUGGAUCUCCUGUCUGAUUCCCUGGGACAGAGGGAGCCUGGCCCUGAUGAGAACAAACCGGCUGGGGAUGAAGUAAAGUGUACAACAAAAGUGGAAAAGAAACGACCAGGAAAACGAACACAAAGGAUGAAGCAUAUGUCAAGGGUCCUAAAAAGGCUAAUGGACGGUCCUCCAGCGGCAAAUCUGAGAAGCAGAAAACGAGCUAAACGUUAAGACGAUUGGGGUCUUGGUGCCUCACGUAAAAUGUCUUCUCUGCCUUGGUGGAUAAUUCUUCCUGAAGAACAAAAGCUGAUGCAAAAAGCACGUGGUUAUUCUGGGUGGUUUUUGUACAGCCAUACUUGCUGGACUUUGUAAUAUUUUCUUUUCUCCCGGUAGUAGACUAAGGUGGUUUUUAUUCCUUUUUUUCUCUAGCCGUUCAUCAAACCACACCACCAUUCUUUCUGUUAUACUCAUCUACUUUGACUGCUUUGUCAUCCUCUUCGGUUUCAGAGAGAAAGAACGCUUUCUAUUUGCAAGAAAUAUAUUUCAUAACUGAGAAGCAAUGCCAAGAAAAAAAAAAAGAAUCUGCAGACUUUUGCACAGAGUCUCCACAUAGUGCCUGUAAAUCUCAGAAUAACUUGUAAGUGCUAGCCUUUUUAGCGUUGCAGUGAGUGCACUACGUAUUCUGGAAUAUAAUGAGCUUCAGCUGUCCUCAGCCCGCCUCUGCCUGGCUGUACGGUCUUUCCUCAAGCUGGUUCCUGGUAGGAAAGCGUAGGUAAGCUGGGGGUAGCUAAAGAAUGAGAAACUGGGGAUUAACUGCUUCAUCGAGCGUAUCUAGUAAUAAAUCAGGUAUUUUGGAUGCUGUAGUUACAACAACAAAACCACACCAGAUAAGGGUCUUAGGGUUUUUGUGUUUUUCUGUUUUGUUUUUGUUUCUUUCUUACUAUUUCCAAUCGUAUCUGUACUGCUGUCUCGUAAUUUCUGCAGUCUCCUGGACUGAACAAAUACAAAUCCUGGUGUACCAAUGACACCAUUACCAUCACGAAAGAGGAAAGAAAGACGGCACAUGAGCCUAGGCAGAGGUCAAAGAGAAGUUCAGGUCAACAGGCAGACCUCUUAAAAUUUUAUCCCGCACCGUUUCUGGUCCUUGCUCCUGUUCCUCGCACUCCAGAAGGGAAUGCAGAAACAGGGUGGAAGUUAAAGCUGCAAGGAACAGCGUCACAUUCACCUGCUCUGCGAGAGACCAGGCAUGAGCAGGCACCUCUCGUAAGUCUGCUGCAGGCAGGGCUGUCGCGAGUGAGGUGUGCCAAGUGCCUCCGUGUUUUCCUCUGUCUUCAUAACCCGCAGAACCCCUUUUGCACAUCCUUACACAUGUACCGCUUCACCCUUAGCUUGCAGAGGAAGGUCAUACCAACAGUUGUUCUGAUACCAAAAUGAGCCUCUAGCAUGUAGUGUUGCAGACGGAGACGGCCCGGAGACUUAAGUUGGGGAUAUGUAGACUUUUAACUGUACCUUGCAGUCUCUGAGAACCUGUGUCACACUAAUAAAGUUUCCAAGACCGCA